ACUCCAAAGUAAAUGUAGAGCAUUAAAAUUAAAAGUCAAAUAAUGCAAAUCAGGGUUUUCUCUACAAUUAUAAGGUUUAGGUGCAGCAUCGAAGCUAUUUUGAACAGAACCUACACCAGCUUAACUUAAAAUAGGGUGGAGAACACCAAAACUAACCAAAUUACUUAUCCUAGAUUUUCAUCUAUUUUACCAUAUACAACUGUUUAGACAUUUUGUGCCAAAGAAAGAAGGUGGAGAAAUCAGUGGACAACAGUUGCAGUGUUUAUGUUUGCUUAUGCCAGUGUUGUUGUACGAGAUAACUGCAGUACUCUCAGCUGACUUGGAAACUCCAAGGAAAACAUCUACAGGGAUAUUUAAUGGGACCCCAGCACUGUGUACAGUAUUUAACUGUGGCUACUUCAUAAACUCUCAGAGACAUAAUGCUGUCCUGCCAAACACAGCCAAACACAGACGCCCAGGAGUCUGCUCAAGGUCUCUCCAACCACACAGCCCACUUCUUUUCCAACUUAGACACAGGCUAAGACUGAGUUGAAAUAAAAGGAGGAACACAAGAGCAGGGCAUGACCUUUUUAGUUUACAGUGAUUCACUCAGGAUUGGAUGACUUCUUAACUACAUAUUUUUCAUUCUGAACUUUUCCUCUUGUUUUUUGUGGCCAAAAUGGUCACGUCAUUAAAAGUUCCUUAUUUCUUAGGGUUAUUCGAGGUAAUGACAUUGCUUUUUUGUUUUUUAGGCAUCAGUAAACAGGAUAUGAGUUUGUUCACUAAACGUUCUGUUUUUCUCUUUCUGUGUCUGGCUUUAACAAUAUGUCCGUUUGUUCACUGCGAGGAAACAGAGCAGCUAUGGAACAAUGUGUUUGUCGUACACUUCAUGGUUACCAUCCCUUUGUAUCGUUGCCCUUUCCCUGAUCCUAUCCAAUGUCAUAACAGGCAACACAUCCCAACAUGAGGACAUACUACUUUUGCACAGACACAGCCAAAGAGAUGGAAUCUUGGAUGAAAGUGAUGACAGAUGCAGCACUUGUGCAUUCGGAACCAGUCAAAAGACUGGACAGGUUAAAAGUGGAACAAUGUGGACCACAAGAGAUCAACCAUGUGGUCAACCACAGGCUGCCUCUAACACAGCCUGAAAUUAAAAACAAUGAACGCAACCGUGAGGUGGACAGAGAACACAUUACUCCAGUCACUGCCACCACGGCAGAGGAGGAGAGGAAGCAGCGAGAUGCAGAGCGCUAUGGCUUUCAGAAAGAUGGGGCUGAGCGUGAGCGUCCACUCACUAAAAUCAACAGUAUCAAACUGCAGCCAGCCCAGGCAGCAGCCGUCACAUCUAACAUUGUGUCGAAGAGGAAUCCGACAGAGGUCGACGGGUCUCACUCUGACCCUCAAGUCAAUGGGGGUGGAGAGCCAUGUCCAGCUGAUGCGACUGGUGUCACUUCUCAGCGAAGUCCAACACAUGAGCCAGACCGCAGUCUUAGUAGGACCAACUCAAUGCAGCAGCUGGAACAGUGGGUUCGAACACAAAGAGGACGCAACCAGGACGAUGACACCAGGAGCGUCAUGUCAUACCAGACGCUGCCUAGAAAUAUGCCAAGCCAUCGGGUGCCAUACAUGCCUCAUUAUGGCGACGGGUACCGCAGUAUGCCUAGGAAUAGCAUGGCACAGCGGGACAGCAUCUGCAGCAUGUCACCAUCAUUGUACGAUCAGGCUCUGGGCCCCUCCUCUGCAGACAAGCGCCGCUCAAUGCGAGAUGAUACUAUGUGGCAGUUGUAUGAGUGGCAGCAAAGACAAGCCUACAGCAGACAGCCGGGGCUCUACAGCAAUAUGGCAAGUCCCAAAACGAUGAUCAACCUGUCAGAGCACGCUGCACCAACCCACUCCAUUCCCCCCUCUCCAUCACAUGGGUCUUUGUCCAUGUACGGUGGCUACUCGCCGCUACGCACCUACAACAUGAACAGCGCCCGAUCUGAGGUGUCUUCUCCCAUCUACAGAAGGGACAUGAGCAUUGACAGGCGGCAAAGGCCACAAGUCAACAAGUAUGCCUAUCCACCCGACAGGAGGUCAAUGCCUGCAGGAAUCCCAGUCCAGACCAUCACAGCCCAGUCCCUCCAAGGCAAAACACCUGAGGAACUGACUCUGCUGCUGAUAAAGCUGCGGCGGCAGCAGGCAGAGCUAAACAGUAUCCGGGAGCACACUGUAGCACAGCUUAUGCAACUAAACAUGGAUGGCGAAAACCCAAAGAACGACAUACUUUCUCAUCACCUUCAAAGGAACCUCAUGUAUUUGGACAAUCAGAUGAAGGAAAAUGAGCCUUUAAUCGUCAUGACUCACACUUUGAUUGAGAACUCUGCCCCAAGGCCUCAACUUUACCAGCAAUUAAAUGCAGAGGACUACAGAGAACAUGCCUACACAUGCAUGCCAGAAGAGGUGGACACUGAUGCGAAACUUAGCAGAUUGUGUGAGCAGGACAAAGUAGUAAGGACACAGGAGGACAAACUGCAGCAGCUGUACAGAGAGAAGCACACCCUGGAGACAGCACUACUGUCAGCCAGCCAGGAGAUCGAGAUGGGCUCUGAUAACCCUGCUGCCUUGCAGAGUGUCAUCCAGCAGAGAGACUUACUGCAGAGCGGCCUACUCAGUACCUGCAGAGAGCUGUCCAGAGUCAGCACUGAGUUGGAGCGGUCAUGGAGGGAAUAUGACAGACUGGAAGGAGAUGUAACUCAAGCUAAGAACAACCUGUUGGAGCAGCUGGAAACACUGGGAAGCCCUCAGAUGGAGCCACCCAGCCAGCAGCAUGUUCGCAUUCAGAAGGAACUGUGGAGGAUUCAAGACGUGAUGGAGGCACUCACAAAACACAAAGAUCAAAGAAAUGCCGGUGACACUAUGGGUGUCUACGGCUCCAAGAACAACUUCAGCAAGCACAAAAAUGAGGAGGAGGACUUGGUACCCCCACGGCCACCCCUACCACAGUCCUACGAGCCCAACCCCCCCACCGUGCCCCCUCUGCCCUCUCAUGCUGGUGUGCGCAGGCCAGAGGACAGGAAGGCCAAUCACAGGAAUGGCACGCACAGUGGCCCAGAUUACAGACUGUAUAAGAGUGAACCAGAACUUACCACUGUAGCUGAGGUGGAUGAGAGCAAUGGAGAAGAUAGAUCUGAACAUCCAUCUGAUAAAGAACAUUCUGGGAAUAAAGGGAUGUCCUACCCAGUGGGCAUUGUGCCACCCAGGACCAAAUCUCCAGUGCCUGAGUCUUCCUCCAUAGCUUCAUAUGUUACAUUAAGGAAAGGAAAGAAGCUUGAUCCCAGGACGGAACGUCCACGCAGUGCUGUGGAGCAGCAGCUGUGUGCAGCGGACAGUGGCCGGGCCCGGAUGAGCGUAGAGGAGCAGCUGGAGAGAAUCCGCCGCCACCAGCAGGGCACCCUCAGGGAGAAGAAGAAAGGCCUCAGUAUCCUGGGUAGCAGCCAGGAGAACAUGCCCUCUCGCAGCCCGUCAUUUACUAAAGAAAAUCAUUUCCGCAGCAUGCAGUCCCAAAUGAGGCGCAGAGAUGAGGUGAUUAGCAGUGACAUUCAAGAGCUGGAGGCCUCACUCAGGCAGCAGGAGGUGGUGAGGGAGCAGGAGACUCCUGCUGAGGAGAUUGCCCGACUCAAAGAAGCCUCACAGGCAGAUCACUUUAAUGUGGACAGAGAGCUCUCUGUGCCUGAUAAAGUGCUGAUUCCUGAGCGCUACGUGGAGUCAGAACCUGAAGAGGCAUUAAGCCCUGAACAGGAGGCUGAUAAGCAGAGGAAAGUUGACCGCAUCAAAGCCCUCAUAGCCAAAAACAGCAUGCAGAAUGUUCUGCCUAGUAUGGCUCUAAGCCCAGAGGAGGAGACUGAAGAGGAGGUUACCAUACAGGAGAAAGAGAAGAUGAUUAAUAUCUCCUACGAACUGGCAGCAGAGGCCUCCAAACGCAGCAAGCUGGUAGCAGUGAAAAGCCUGUCGCCCACUUCCCCACCCCUUCCACAGUCUCCUAAUUCACCCCCUCAGCUCAUUGACGGCUCUCACUUCAUCUCAAGCUCUGGCCUCAGUGAAAACGUACACAUGAAGGAAGUAGCGGUGGUGGUAUGAAGAUGCCCUCGAACACUUUCCCAAGGCACAUGGCCGAAGCUUACAGAGAGUUCAACUGCCUGCUCCAUCCACUGGAGUCUUCUGUAUGCUCACUGUGACGUCGAAAGCUCCGAAACCAUCGACAAUUCUUCCUCUGUUUGCAACACAACGGAAUUCAGCUUUCAUUCUUUGUCACUGCAGUUCUUUUUUUUUUCACUUUUACAUGGUUUUUAAGUUUUUUGUUUACUAUUUAUAUUCUCAUGUGAAUGAGCCGACAUCUGUGUAAAUAUACAGUACAUGAAGGACUGAACAGGUCUGAGACAGUGUUUUGCUACAUUUUACAUUUAAGUUUGACCAUCUGUUAAAGUGUUUCUCAUUUUAUUUUACUCAAGCCUUUAAUAAUCCUUAUGCCUGACAUUAACUUCAGCCAUGCACAUUCAUCCAUGUAUUGUAAAGAACACUUGUCAAAGCAAAAGAUGAGUGUAUAAGACAUAUAGGUCCCCUCCAAAAAUUAUGAAAGGAGACACUUCAUUACUACAGACUAAAAUAUUUCUAAUUUUUCCUGUUUUUAGUUUGUAAUUAUUUAAAAAUGGGAUAUUCUGAGGUCACAUUAUUGCUGACACAUAUGUGAAUGUUCUGGCUUAAGUCUCUCUAUAUUGUUUUUUACCCUAAGAAAUAUAUUUAAGAGGAAGAAAAAAAUAAGUUUGGUUCUAUUUUAUGACAUGUUGGUUUGACGUCCUGGAACUGGAAUAGAGGAAAAAAAAGCGGUUAGCACAUGUAAGAAGCAAUAAAAAAUAAGAAGUGUUAAUGAGUCCAGGAUAUUCUUGUUUUUGUGUACAAAGUGUAAUUAUCAGAGGUUUACUGUGUAUAUAAUGUACAUGGUACAACAGGAUGGGAAGAUGUAUCCAGUAUAGGAUUACAGGAUAGAUUUGAUUUGCAAAUGUUCAUAUCCCAUCUGUUUUAUAUCAUGUUAAAUAAAUAAAUAAAUGUUUUUGUUCUUAA